GGGCUAUGUGCACAGUUCUAUAAAACAUGUCCGAGAUUUGACAACUAACUAUUAAAGAGGAUUUGUAACAAUCCAGCUUGCCCCUGGCGAUGCUGCUUCUGAGUUCCAGAGGACCGACUGGAAAGAGAACCCCCUCCAGCCCCCCUUCCCUGGGAUCUCCCAAGAGGGCAAGUUUCCCAGGCUGAGGAGCAGCGUGCUGAAGUCGGCUAAUGUCACUAAGGACACUGCAGCCCCCAGGACCUCUCCCGGGCCAGGACUGCCACCACUUCCUUCCCCUGCGGAGGGACGGAGCCCCGGCUUGCCACACUGCCUCCGGGCAGACAGCUGGCUGCUCUCUGGAGUCUCUGGAGCCUGUGGGCACUAAGCUUCAGCAGCUCACUGUUUGUUCAUUCACUCAUUCAUUCGUUUGUUCCUUCCUUCCGUGCAUAGUCCAAUGGGCACCUGCUCUGCCCCAGGCGCCGUUCUAGGCUCUUGAGAACACAGCAGGGAAGAAUGCAGAUCCCCGGCCCGGCCGUAUUCUGGUGCCUGCAUUCUGGUGAAAACAAGGGCUCUCGCACACUCACCUGUACACACCUACACGCCCAGACGUGUGCACGCAUGCUGCCACCAUCACGGCCGACAGCGCAGUCAGCGCCGAACGUUGCUGUGGGACCCCUGGGGCCCAUCCAGAGCCUUUGGCAUCCUGUGGAAGGAACUAGAAUAAUGAACAGCGAGUGGACAAACAGGAAAGGGUGCGGAAGCGCUCACACUCAGCCCCCUUCCCCUCCAGCCACACUCAGCAGCAGUCAGCACCCCUGGCAGCCCCCUUCCCAACGGAAACCAAUCCAAUUAGGCAGACUCACCGUGACCCAGAGGCUGUCACUGCAAACUCCCGCUGUCACCGUGGGAAUCGCAUGGGUAACAGACACAGUGAGCUGCUUCCCUGGGACAGGCUCUUCCCGUGACCGCUCCGGGCUUCGGGGGGGAUCCCACAUCCCCCGGUGGUGGCCCUCCCUGGACAGGAACAGUCAGCAACAUCACUGUCCUCUCAGCGGCCCUCAUGGACGUAGUGCUGACCCUCCCCCGCCCAGCAGAGGAGACACGAUUGCUACCCCCACUCCCCGUUUGUGGAAACCACGGCUUGGAAACCAAGGCUGCAGGCUGCCCCUCUGCACCGAUCGAGGAGGAGCUGUUCACACUGUCGUCUACAUAAGCGGCUUCCCCGGAGUUGGCAGUGAACAACCUGAACAACUGUACUUGAUGACCACACAGGGGAGACGCUGGGAUUGGCCCCUGGAGCCUGUGGCUCUGCGUCUCGUGCCUUCUCCGCCGGGGAGGCCAAUGGGAAUCAAGGGCCCUGGUUCUAGAAGGAGCAAAGGAGGUGGGCCCUUUCCUAAGAGGCUCGACUCAAUGACAUCUGACAUGUCGUCCAUCGAUCGGUGCAGUAACUAUUGGGCACCCACUGAAUGCCAGGCUCUGUGGAGGGAGUCGGGGCUCAGGUGGUGAACAAAGUCCCUGGUGUCACAGAGCUGGCAGUCUAGAGGGGGGACACGGGCAAGACACACACACUUAAACCGGAAGAUGUGCCCUGUGUCAGAGACAGACGCUCAAGGCUCUGUCUCUACCCACCAGCCAAUGCACUGGAGAUGACAGAGAAGCCUGUCCCCAG